CGCCUGUUUCCCUACUGGCAUCCGAGAUUUUUAAUUCAAACAAUUUUUCUUAGAAUGAGGCCGCUCAUCAUCGGGCAGCGUGUAGAGGAUAAACAAUAUGCUUUACAGAAAAUCAGUUCUACUGAAACUAGAACUGUCAUAGCAAGGUCCUGCUGUACUGUACAUACUUUAGCGGGGUACAUUGACAUUACUUAUCAACAGGCUUUGGUGACAAGCGAGAUAAUUUACUUUAUUUACCCUCUGUACAGCAGGGUCUAAUCAAAUACCAUGCUCGUUCUCGAUCAGUGAGAUCUCAAGUGCAGUGCCACUGCGGCAACGGACCCUAACCGACAUUUCCCCAACUGAUCAGCAAGAACAUCGCAUCACAUCUCCACC